AUGGCCUAUGAGAUCCCUCAACAUUCUGAAUCAUCAGCUGCACCCAUUAUGACUGAUAAAAGACGCGACCUUGCACAUGGGCCUGCUAUCGCUACUCCUCUAUCCUCAGGAAUGGACCACUUACCUUGUCAUGUCAUUGAGAUGCUAAGUCAUGCCAGUACGCAACUGUUAUCCCAACAGCAGCCAUUAAUCGCUAGCCACUACGCAAAUCAUUGCAAUAUUGAGGUCAGCCCUAGUAGUUCGACUCAUCGUCAAAGAGCGUUCUAUUCAAAGGGCCAUACUGAGGAGUGCACGACGAAUGACAAGGCUAAAACAUACCCUGUGCACCACCAAUCAGUUCUGGAGACUGUACACGCAAGUAAUCCAGCUAGCUAUUCCUAUUCGCAUGCCCCUAGGACCCGGUUCGGUGAUCAACAGUCUGAUCCUUGCAGGCGACUUCAACUUCAGAUAAACUAUCUGAACUCCCUGGCAGCCCGAGUGCCCUCUUUCGGUUCACUAGCUAGCGAAUUUCGCAGCAAGGAAACCCUGCGGAUUUUACUGACCAAGAUCGCCCGCGAAGCGCUUGAACGACAUUCCAAGCAGCGUGGCUAUACGAUUAAAGAUAACGCCAUUGACCUCAAAUGCUUUGGCAGUCUGCGGAAUGGUUUUGCAUUGCCUGGAGCUCACCUUGACCUACUAAUGACCACCCACGGAGAAGUGCUCCCAAGAGAUGUAGAAGCAAGGUGUCCUCAAAUUUUGUAUGAGGCAUUUCUUGAUGCCGGCUUCGAUGCUCGGAUGAUUCAGAAGGCCAGGGUUUCAAUCAUCAAAUUGUACGAAACCCCUCCCCAAGGACUCUCAAACUCUCUCAAGGUGGAAAGUGGUGGACAGAAUAAUCAUCAUUUUCCGAAACAGAUUACAAAUCCGGAGGCGCUAUCUUCGGUAGGCGUUCAGUGUGAUAUCAACUUUUCUGGGCGCCUGGUACUAUACAAUACCGAAUUACUUCGUUGCUACGCCCUCUGCGACGAAAGGGUCCGUGUUGUCGGCAUUUUCGUGAAGAUGUGGGCCAAGGCUCGAAAAAUCAAUAGUCCAUACCAUGGAACACUCUGUUCGUAUGGCUAUAUUCUCAUGGUCAUCCACUACUUGAUGAACGUCGUAAAUCCGCCUUUGGUUCCUAAUCUUCAGCUUUUGGGUCGGCUGUCACCUAGACACUCUAGCACUACGGGUCCCAACAAGUAUGAUGUCCGUUUUCUCAAGAAUGAGACCGAACUUAGGAGGAGAGCCUGGUAUAAUAUGGCUUAUGGGAAUCAACAAUCCGCCGGCGAGCUGCUUCGUGGCUUUUUCGCAUACUAUGGAAGCCAAUGCAAAACUACGCCCUCAAGCUCUUUCAACUGGGUCCAAGACAUUGUUUCAAUUCGCACGCAGGGAGGCAUACUUUCCAAGCUAGAGAAAGGCUGGAACACCGCGAGGACUGACGAGCACGGACGCCGGCUCAGGUUCCUCAUAGCAAUUGAGGACCCCUUCGAACACAACCAUAAUGUAGGCAGAACUGUCACAGACAAGGGCCUGGAGACUAUCAGAGCAGAGUUCUCCCGCGCUCAGAUCAUCAUACGUAGAGUUCAGGAAAUUCCAGGAGUCGGGUGGGAAUGGAGAACAGACAAUGGCCACAUAGGUCAGGACCUGCUCGCGGAAGCGGAAGAUAGCUCAAACCAGCAACCUUGUGGAACCACCACAUUCGCAGGAUUGAAAAAUCAGCAAGUGUUCCGUACUCGUGGUAUGAAUUUCUCAAGUGAAAUUCGUGCUUAUAACAGACUCAUAUGCCCCUCGGCAGCUGCCCAGAAGCAGCGGACACAGCGCGAGAAUUUUCAUCGACAGGCUACUCUCGCUGCAAACACGAUGCGACGAAUGUUGCGUAUUGCAGACGGCCAAGGAACAGGCGCUUCCUACCGGGUGACUCUUGACUCAUUGCAAUUUCAUGGUCCAAAUGCAAUCCAUAAGAAGGACUCGACUGCUCAGGGGCAAAUGAAUCAAUGCGAAGCGGAUACAGCCAAUGUUGAGUUGCUUGCUACGCUUCCUUUCAAUGAAAAGCGCCUCUGUUGA